CCUACUGAACAUGCCCCGGAUCAGCGCCACGUAGCUACUUAAGCGCCCCUGAAAUGCCACCCAGAUCAUCAUCCGCUCCAAAGCCAACACAGCAGCAGCAGUCAGUAACCAAGGGGCAGCCAGCCCGGGAAGCAGACAGAGCGGCAGCAAUGGAGAGCAAGAGAUCGCCGUGCGCGCCGGCCGUGGCGGUGCUCCUCCUCCUGCUGCUGCUCGUCCUCAUGCCGGACGAGGUGGCGGCCCAGGUGUUCUGCCGGUCCCAGUUCAACCUGGCCAACGAGGCCUGCAGCCUGCGGACCUACCCCGGCGCCAACCCGGCGGUGCCGCCGCGGCGGCCACUGCUGCUCAACGCGUCGUCCUCCGCCAGCGGCUACGAGCUGCAGGCGGCCGGCGACGAGCACAGCGCCAGCGGCGGCCAUGGCGGCGACCACGGCGGCAGCAGCCACGGUGGCGGCGACCACGGAGCCGGCCACGGCAGCCAGCACGGGGGCAGACAUGUCGGCCGCCGCCACGGGCACCAGCACCGCGUAGGGGGCGCGGACCCGUACGACACGGCGUGCUGCCGGCGACUCAUGGGCAUCGACAACGCCUGCAUCUGCCAGGCCAUGUCCUUCCUCCCGCAGUUCAUGAGCAGGGUCAAGCACUCCAUCAAGCUCACCCCGGUCCCAGGCUGCGACAUCUCCUUCGAGUGCGCCGGCGUCUACUGACCACGCCCCACAAUUUCAUUUUACUCAAAACGUAGCAGCCUCUGCAGCAGCAAUUUUCCAUUUUCCUGGUCUAGCCUAACAAUUCUGGGAUUUAUUUACAUUAUACACUUCUGUUCUGAAUGUUUUUCUCUCCCUCUCAUGAUUAGUAGGGAACUCCUUUUUCCACUAUAUAUAUGAUUAAUAGUGAACUUGGCAUUCUCCACACACUGGUGUAAUUUCUUAGUAGAAACUUAUCUUUCAGUCUGUUUGGUUUGGCAGUACAAUUUUUAAA